CAGGCUGAGGGUUGGUGUUCCCGCCCGGCCCCUUUUGAGUGGUGCACCGUUCGGACUUAGGGCGGGAGUCUCAGCUUCGCUGCAGAGGAAAGGUUUUGGAAGCGGUCCUGAUGCCACGUGCUAAAAGAGCUUUGAAGCUGGAUAAUUUUAUUCCAGAAAAAGUGCCAGUAAAAAGAAAGAAAAAUGACCUUUUUUCACCAAUAACAGGAACAUGUCUACUCAGUGCAUUUUCAAGCCCCAGGAGCAAUCAUGUCAAAGAACAGAGAAAUGACCUAUCAGAUGAUUAUUCAAGCUGCAAAAAUAAUGCUGAGGAAUCAGAUAAAAUCAGAGAGUCUUCCAAAGUCCUGCCAAUCCAAUCGAAUAGAAAGGAGCAGCAUGACAUGAAAAACAAUGACAAACUCUUGGUAUUGCAGUCUGAAGUUGAACAUUCCCUGGAAAGAUUCCUGCAAAUUCGAAAAAAACUAACCAAUCUGAAGGCUUUAGAGGGCACCAGAGAGCUGGAAAAUAUUCUGGGCACUUCAGACAAGUCUGGUAACUUAAAAAUUGAAAUGAGAAAAUCCAGGAAACUGAUUGAACAAGUCAGAAAGAGAAAUCUGCAAAAACUGGGUGCUGUUGGAUUUGCUACUCAAGAGAAUCUCCAACCUGACAAUAGCUUUGCAUUCCUGAAAUCUCUCAUUGGCUAAGGUCUUAAGAAUAUAUCAAGCUUGGCUGCAAGAUUCUACAACUGUCUGAUCCUACUUAAAAGGUUAAAAAAAAUCUUCCUGUAAAUCUAUCUCUCCAGCAAAUACCAGCUAAGGAUUGCUCAGUGUACCAGGCAGGUGCACAUCUAGAUACAGUUUCUUGCAUCUAAUUUAAACUUUACAAUCUGUACAACCAGUUAAUCUCAAUGUAAAUAAUACACUUGCCAUAGCUUUUUAUGCAAAUAUGUAAUGGCACAAAUUGUAUUCCUUCUGUAUAGUUUAAAAGCUAAGAAAACUUGUCCAAUGUUGGUAAAAAUUCUUUAAUGAGCUUUUCACUAAAUUUUGAAAGAAGGCCUGUUCUUAGAGAUGGAUGCUAUUUCCCAGGCCUUCAAACAAACUGCAAAUUUCACAGUAAUUAUAUGCUCCAUGCUGCUGCCUCUGAUGGCUUGCCAAUUCUACCACAAACAAUGGAGAUGCCUUGCCAAUUUACAGCACAUUGUUUAUCUUAUCAGCACACUCAAAUUCAAGCAAAUAUGCCAUUUAUCUUUGGAUAUAACCAUUCCUUUAUUAAUAAAGACUUAUGAGAUCCAAACAUUGUAUAUGCAGUUACUGUUUUAGCAACAUUGGUUUCCCAGUGAAGUUCAGUUUUUUUUUUAUUGCUAGUGAAACCAUCUAAUAUGUUUUGUGUUAUUGGAACUUAAACCACUAAAUACAUUAAAACUCAAUUCUUAAAAGGUUAAGUAUUUUUGUGAAAUAGUAUCUGCAAGCAUAAAAAUUAAACUGGUUCUAAUAUAAUAAGCUAAUCCUUGCUUAAUGUCCACUUGUUCGGUGACCAUUUGAAAUUACAGCACUGAACGAGGGGUACUUACCCAUGAUCCUUGUAGUUGUGACUAUCACAGCAUCCUCAUGGUAGUUUUAUGACCAGUCCUCAAAUUUACAACCAUUCCAGCAUCUCUGUGAUCAUGUGCUCAUGAUUCAGGCACUGUACAACUGGCUCAUAAUUAUGUUGCAGCAUCCCACAAUCAUGUAAUCACCAGCUAUGACCUUUGUUACCAGCAUCUAACAAUUAAAGUUAGUGGGGAAGCCAGUAGGUAGUUACAAAUGGUGAUCACAUAACUGUGGGACAUGACCACCUGGGAUUCAUAUAAAUAACAACAACAUUGGGACUACUGGAAUUAAUGCUGUCAGUCAGUGAAGCCAUGACACCACACAUCUUAUGACUGAAUAACAAAAUAACAGAGGUGGAAGGGACUUUAGAGGUCUUCUAAUCCAACUCCUGCCCAAGCAGGAAACCAUGUACCAUUUCAGACAAGUGGCUGUCCAGUCUCUUCUUAAAAACCUCCAGUGAUGGAGCACCCACAACUUCUGAAGGCAAGGCGUUCCACCGAUCAAUUGUUAUACUAGUCCCAAUUCCUGUUGGUGAGGACUACCUAUAUAUGCAUGGGGACCCAUAAAUGAUUUCACAUUUCAGUUUGCAUAUUAGAGGCACAUUUUUAAGACAGACUAUUUUGAACGGAAGUAAUGAAAUGUUUUGUUUGCUUUAUGAAAAUGUAUGCUUUUCUAAAUUACCGAUAGCUUAAUAGCUUACGAAUAGCAAAGACUGGAAACUUGAAAUUUACUUUCUAAUUGUCUUUAACCGGCACAGCUUUUAUUAUUUAUUAUUUCUUUCUCUUAAAAAAAGAAAAAGAAAAGAAGAUUGCUUCAGAAAACUCAUUACCAAGAAAUUAUCAUAAAACAAAAGAGCAACACAUCUAAGUCAAAUGUUUUGUGUACUUGUAUAACUCAAUAAAGGUAUUUGGCAACCUAGAA